GGGAGGGUACGAUUGUUAUCAGUGAAGUGUUGUAAGUUCAUUUAUUCUGCCAUUGACCCAUGGCUUUAACUUACACCGGAGUCAAUUGCUAAAGUUAGACUGGAGAAUUGCCAUAGCAUUCCCUGGCUAGUUCAGUCCGUCAGUUAUGGCCCCGAAGAACGUAUGUGUGGUUGGAUUAGCGGACAUUGGAAGGAGUCCAAGACUGCAAUAUCACUGCAUUUCGUUAGCAGAAGAAGGAUACCAUGUUAAUGUCAUCGGAUAUAGGGGAGCUAAGCCCAAGAAGCAAAUGCUUAGCAAUAAUAAUAUCACAAUUGCCUAUUUGCCUCCUGUGCCUGAAGUCAACAAAUAUCUUCCGAGGAUUCUUGCCUACUUAUUUAAAGUUAUAUGGCAGAGCAUAAGCUUGUUCUUUUUUCUCCUCUUUAAGAGGCGCUCACACUUUGUUUUCGUUCAAACGCCGCCUGCCAUCCCAGUUUUUGCUGUGGCCUGGUUGUACAGUCUACUUGUAGCUGCAACAUUUGUUAUCGACUGGCAUAACUAUGCAUAUUCACUGAUGGCCUUAACAUUAGGUGAUAGAAGUUUUAUAGUUCGUGCCUCGUAUUGGUUUGAAUGCUACUUUGGACAAAAGGCAGCUUAUAACUUGUGUGUAACUAAUGCCAUGAGGAUGGAUCUUAUAGAGAGAUGGGCUAUAGUUUCAAGAGUACUACACGACAGAGCCCCGUCUGAAUUCAAAAGAGCUACUCUUGAGGAAACUCACAAUCUUUUGACCCGACUAAGUCAAAGGUAUCCUCUUCUUGGUGGUGCAGCAUAUUCUACACUGUUUACCAGGCUUCGGGAGGAUGGUACAGUUGAACUAAGAGAAGACAGGCCUGCACUUCUUGUAUCUUCAACGUCUUGGACUGAGGAUGAGGAUUUUAAUAUCCUUUUCUCUGCUCUUAUUGAUUAUGAUAAAUCGGAUAGGAAAGAUAUACCUCAACUAAUCUGUGCCAUUACUGGAAGAGGCCCAUUGAAAGAUUACUACAUUGGUAUAAUACAGGCUACUACAUGGAAAAGAGUUUCUAUUAUCACUCCUUGGCUUGAAGAGGCUGACUAUCCGACAUUGCUUGGAUCAGCUGAUUUGGGUGUCUCCCUCCAUAUGUCUUCAUCCGGUCUUGAUCUUCCCAUGAAAGUUGUUGAUAUGUUUGGCUGUGGCUUGCCAGUUUUUGCUCAUGAUUUUAAAUGUGUUGGCGAAUUAGUGAGAAAUGGAGAGAAUGGAUUGGUGUUCUCUGAUGCUGUCCAAUUGUCCUCAAUGCUGAUCGAUUGGUUCUCAGGGUUUCCGAAGCUGAGACUUGAAAAGUUUGAAAAGGGCAUAAAGGAGUUCCAAUCUGUUCGUUGGCACCAAGCUUGGUUGGAAACAGCCCUCCCCAUAUUCAAAAAGUGAUGCUUGCAGCUGAAAAAACAUGUUUGCUUAGUGAAUAGUCACAGUUUUGUUGAUUUUGCACUCAAUUAUUAGCAACAGCUUGAAAUUGGGAUGGCUAAAUAUCUGUGUAUUAAGGCAUUAUCUUAAGAUUCGAUACCGUUUUAAAACGUUAGAGUUCUACUGGACUCUGCUCCAAGGAGGGCCAUAUCUUUUUAUCUGGUCAUGGGCCAGGGGCUUUCUUUUUAAGUAAUAGUCUAUUUUUUUCUGCAACAUGUUCAUUUAAUUCAGUUAUUUAUAAUUAUGGAUUCUGAGAUUCUUUUAAAGAUUAAAGAAUAAAUGGGUCUGUUUUUUUUUUUUUUUU